GGGGCUCAGGGGGCGGGGCGGGAGGCGCGGGCGGUGCAGGUGCCGGGCCGGGAGCGAGCGGCGGCGGUGGCGGCGGCGGCACCAUGGGCCGGGCCCGGCGCUUCCAGUGGCCGCUGCUGCUGCUGUGGGCGGCCGCGGCGGGGCCAGGGGCGGGGCAGGAAGUACAGACAGAGAAUGUGACAGUAGCUGAGGGUGGCGUGGCUGAGAUCACCUGCCGUCUGCACCAGUAUGAUGGGUCCAUAGUUGUCAUCCAGAAUCCAGCCCGACAGACCCUCUUCUUCAAUGGCACCCGUGCCCUGAAGGACGAACGAUUUCAGCUUGAGGAGUUUUCCCCUCGCCGGGUGAGGAUCCGGCUCUCAGAUGCCCGCCUGGAGGACGAGGGGGGCUACUUCUGCCAGCUCUACACGGAGGACACCCACCACCAGAUCGCCACUCUCACUGUACUAGUGGCCCCAGAGAAUCCCGUGGUGGAGGUCCGGGAACAGGCGGUGGAGGGCGGCGAGGUGGAGCUCAACUGCCUGGUUCCGCGGUCCCGCCCGGCCGCCACCCUGCGCUGGUACCGAGACCGAAAGGAGCUCAAAGGAGUGAGCAGCGGCCAGGAAAGUGGCAAGGUUUGGAGUGUUGCUAGCACCGUGCGGUUUCGAGUGGACCGCAAGGACGACGGCGGUAUCAUCAUCUGCGAGGCGCAGAACCAGGCGCUACCCUCCGGACACAGCAAGCAGACGCAGUACGUGCUGGACGUGCAGUACUCCCCCACGGCCCGGAUCCAUGCCUCCCAGGCUGUGGUGAGGGAGGGAGACACGCUGGUGUUGACGUGUGCUGUCACAGGGAAUCCCAGGCCAAACCAGAUUCGCUGGAACCGUGGGAAUGAGACUUUGCCCGAGAGGGCGGAGGCCGUAGGGGAGACGCUCACGCUGCCGGGUUUGGUAUCUGCGGAUAAUGGCACCUACACUUGCGAGGCAUCGAACAAGCAUGGCCACGCGAGGGCGCUCUAUGUACUCGUGGUCUACGACCCCGGUGCAGUGGUAGAAGCUCAGACGUCGGUUCCAUAUGCCAUUGUGGGCGGCAUCCUGGCACUCCUGGUGUUUCUGAUCAUAUGUGUGCUAGUGGGCAUGGUUUGGUGCUCUGUACGGCAGAAAGGUUCCUAUCUGACCCAUGAAGCCAGUGGCUUGGAUGAGCAGGGAGAAGCGAGAGAAGCCUUCCUCAAUGGCAGUGAUGGACACAAGAGGAAAGAAGAAUUCUUCAUCUGACCCCACCCCCAAUCCCAGGCCUGGGCCUGGGCUGGGAUUCCCCCCACUGCCAGCUGCAAGGAACCAGCAAAGACAUUUGCCAGAGUCUGGGAUGGUGGGCUUCUCUCCCCACCACUAACACCUCAGACACUUUGGCAGGGAUGGGGGUGUUAGAGGUCUGGAUCUCUGCAAGGGCCAGAAGUAAGCGCCCAGAGGUCUGGGUCCCCCAUGGGGCAGGGGCCAAAGGUCCAGAGCCCCCAAGUCCAGGGAGGGCAGUAGGGAUUGGGUUAGGGGAAGAUAACUGGGGGAAGGCCAGAGCCCCUAGGCUACAGAACCAGGUAAUAUGGGGAGGGGGUCAGAUUCUGGGAAGGGUGGGUGGGCAGGGAAGGGGAACACAGAUUUCUUUGGGGGUCUCAGACCCCAUGCCAGCCAUUGUAAGAGUUCCACAGAACUCUGGGCACCUCUUUGCAAAGCCAUGUUUGCACGGUGGGAGGGGAGGGGCGGGGGAGGGCAUGGAAACAGGGAUUCUGUGUCUUUGUGUCAUAACUUUGAUGGGGACAGUGAGUGAGACAGCCCCAACCUUUUUCUCCAAUCUUCCCUCUACCUAUUUCCCCCACGUCUGUCCCACCCUUAUUUGUCUCUGUCCACCCGUCCUAGGGGGGCCUUCCCCAUCUCUCCUCCAGGCCCCCCGGGGAGGGGGAAAGGAGUUUGGGGGAUGCGUGGUCUCUAUGGUUUUAUAUAUAAUAUAUUAAAAAAAAAAAUCAAAAAUCUGUAUGAAAAUAUCAGAUUGCACCCCCUCCCCAUUCCUGGCUUUUGCCCCCUUUUUCUUGUUUAGAACAAAAAAAAAAAAACACACAUUUUGUACGGGCGGGAAGGGGAAUGGGGAGGGGUUUGGCAAUCCCACUAACCACCAUUAAACUGAGGAGAGAACAA